GAUAUUACGUUUUUACGUAGAUAAAUUGCUUAAUUAUCAUUUUUAAGUUUUAACAUUAGAUUAAUGAAAUAACCUGAUAAUUCGUAUCAUGAGAUAAUUUAAUAUGAAUAAGAGGCUAUGAUUAAGUCGUUUGAAUUUAUUCGUCAAGCGUAAUUGGCCGGGUCAAUACAAAAUGGCCAAUAUUUUAAAGUGUGUGUUAAUUUGUUGCAUAUUUCUAAAUUCAGUGUUGGCCAAACACGAAGAAUAUGAAGGAUACACAGUAUACGAAGUGUCAGUAAAAGAUGAAGAGCAGGCAACAUUUGUCAAUCAGCUAGAGUACCAGCUCCCUAUCGACAUGUGGAUGCCUGCUCGGCCAAACAGACCUGGACAGUUCUUCGUAUCGAAAGAUUACAAGCAGCAGUUCGAAAUGCUCUUGACUGCAACUGAAGUGAAAUACAAGAGUACGAUCACUAACAUCAAGGAGCAAUUAGACAAAGAAGAACAACUUUUGGCUGCUGCAGCAUCUAAACGUAGCAAUAGGUCGUCUGUAGGCCUUGAUUUCAAUCAAAUUCACAGAACGGCAGUCGUUGACGCAUACUUAGAUCGUUUGGCUAACCAGUAUCCCAAUCUUGUCACAGUAGUGACCGCUGGUCAAAGCUUUGAAGGGAGACCGAUCAAGUACUUGAAGAUAUCUACAACUAAUUUUGAGGUCUCUAGAAAACCUGUAGUUUUCUUGCAAUCUCUGCUUCAUGCGCGUGAAUGGGUAACUUUACCAGCUACUUUGUACGCGAUCGAAAAGUUGGUCAUUGAUGUGACUGACAGCGAUGUCUUGGAAGAAGUUGAUUGGAUCAUAAUGCCAAUUGCAAAUCCCGAUGGCUACGAGUUCAGUCACACUAAUACACGCUUUUGGAGAAAGAAUCGUGCCACCGGCUUCAUGAUUGGGAACUUUUGCAUGGGUGUGGAUCUGAAUAGAAAUUUUGAUAUAUUCUGGAGCACUGCUUCCAGUAACAAUGUCUGCAGCGACGUGUUCCACGGCACUUCUGCUUUCUCUGAGCCCGAAACUCAAGCCAUCAGGAGAGUUUUGCAUGAAUAUUCUGACCGUAUUGAAUUAUAUAUCGACAUUCACAGUUUUGGGAGCAUAAUUUUGUUCGGUUAUGGUAAUGGUCAAUUGCCUCCCAAUGCUUUAGCGUUGAACUAUGUUGGAGUUACCAUGGCUGAGGCCAUUGAUAAAGUGAAAUGGAACUGGAAACCGAAUUACGUAGUUGGCAAUGUUUUCCAUAUUCUGUACGCUGCUUCUGGUGGUUCCAGUGAUUACGUUCAGAGUAUAGGUGUACCUCUUUCAUAUACCUUUGAGCUUCCAGCAUUUAAUAAUAUUCAAGGUCAAUUAAACGGAUUUUUAGUUGACCCAGAUUUUAUAGAACAAGCUGGGUAUGAAACUUGGGAAGGAAUUAAAGCCGGCGCUAGACUCGCAGCUGAUAGUGCUAGACAGAAGAAUGCUAAUUGAAAUGAAGGAAGAAUAUAAGGCUUUUUAUUUUAAUCAAUAAAUUUAUGCUCAAUAUUAAAGGUGUUUUAUUUUAUUUCUAUAUUUUAACAAAAAUGACGAAAUAAGAACACCCUACUGCUGAAUCUGUAAUAUAUAUUGCGAAAUAUUGUUAUGAAUUAAACCUAC